GUUUAUCUUAUUUUACAAGCCACUAUAUUAUCCAUUAUUACCCUAUUUAUGAUUGUAGGCAAUUUUAUCGUUAUUGUAGUUGUUAAUCGUUCAGAACAGCUACAAAAUGCUACCGGUAUCUUUAUGGCCAACUUAGCCGUUACCGAUUUAACUUUAGGUGUUAUUUUAAUGCCCAUUACCAUUGCUAGCUCCAUCUUAGGCCGUUGGAUAUUUAGUGAUAUAAUGUGUAAAUUUUGCGGUUUUUUAAAUGUUAUGUUAUGCAGCACAUCAGCAUUAACUGUCAUGUUAUUGAGUAUCGACCGUUUUAUUGCUAUUUCACGUCCAAUGCAAUAUAUUAAAAUUAUGUCCAAAAAGCGAGCCUUAGUGUUAUCCACUUACAUGUGGAUCCAUUCAGCUAUCGUCUCGACAUUUCCAUUACUAGGUUGGGCUAAAUAUGAAUAUGUUGAAGCCGAAGCAGUUUGUUUUGCUAUCGAAAGUGUAUCCUAUUUUAAUUUUCUAUGCGCAUCGACAGUAUUUUUGGCUAUCUUUUUAAUUAUCAUUACCCAUAUCUACAUCUUAAAAGUGGCUAUCAAGCAAUCACAGCAAAUUGUAACCUUAACACCUGGUUUUGAAGAUGUCACAAGAGAAACGAUGCGCCAAAUGAAUCGUAAAACAGCCAAGACUGUCUUAAUUAUUGUUGGUGUCUAUUUAGCCUGUUGGAUACCUUAUAUUUCAUUAACUUAUGUCCAAAUUUACGCUAACUAUGUUCCACCACCAAUUGCUAUUACAAUCACAUCAGGUCUAAUUUUUGUCAAUUCAGCAUCCAAUCCAAUUAUUUAUGGUACAUUCCAUCGACGUUUUCGUAAUGCUUUC